AUGACAACCACGACUACUCAGCCAUAUGCUUUUACUCAGGAGUACUCACUACCUACUGACCUUGAUUCUCAGGCAUGUCUCUCUAGUUUGCCUCCCAGUUCAGAAAGUUUUGCUGCAUCUGUGCCACAAAUAUCACCUCAGUCACCCUCUGAUGGUGACAAUACAGUGUCUCAUCUGUCUCCAUCUCACUCUCAAAAUGCACCAUCGAGCUUUGAGCCCUUUUCACCUUCAGCACAAAACUCAGUUCACCUUAAUGACCAAUAUGUUUCUGCCAUACCUGUACCAACUGAAUUAGCUGAGUUACCUGCUAAUAACUUGAGCAUUUUCCCUGGUGCAGAUACUGAUACAUCCCUAUCUCCAUCCAUAGCCUGCAGCCACAGAAUCCCCCCAAUAAAUAAUCACCCUACGUUAACCAGAGGAAAAAUAGGACACUCCAAGCCUAAAGCUCUCAUAGCACAUUCAAAGCCUAAUAGUGUCAAUAAAUACAAACCAGGCUAG